AUGGCAUCAUCUGAUAACCAAGGCCAAUGGUCCAAAGGAGACCUUCUGAACUUACUGGAAUCCAUCGAGAGUAACAUCCCACCAGGUGACUUCCAGACCUUCCAAGAAACCCAGGCAGACCUAGACUGGGACAAAGUAGCUUUUAAACAGUAUUCAGGAGAAGCGUGCAAACUAAAGUGGAUGCAGAUUUCUCAUCCUUUGAGGAAGUUCCGAACACUGACAGAAUUGGUGUUGGAGGCCAAGGAAGGGAUUCAAGAACCUGGCAAAACUGAGAAAGUCAAGCCACACCCUGACUUCCCCAAAAGACCCCUGACGGCCUAUAUGCGCUUUUACAAGGAGAAGCGAGCUGAGUACUCUAAGCUGUACCCCAAGUACACCACUGGGCAGUUGACUAAAGUCAUAGCUACAGAAUACAAUCAGCUGCCUGAGGAGGUCAAGGAGAGAUAUAUUCAAGACUUCCAAAAGGACAAACAAGACUUCCAGGAAAAGCUGACUCAGUUCAAGAAACAACAUGCUGGUGUAGGGCAUCCUAAGAAGUCUGUGCUGCCGAAGAGUCAUGGAAUCAAAGAGUCUAAAAAAUCAGAAAGAGUUAUGCAAACGGGAAAGAGUCCUCUAGAAACGGCAGUGCCCAAAGCAUUUUCUUCCAACAAGAUAUUUCAGGGAGAACCCAAGAAACCUCCUAUGAACGGCUACCAGAAAUUUCACCAAGAUUCCUGGUCGAGCCCAGAGCUGCACCAUCUGUCCUACAGGAAGCGCUGGGUUGAGAUUAGCAGGCGUUGGCACAGAGUCCCAAGGGACCAGAGAGAACUUUAUAAGCAACAGGCCGAGGAGCUUCAGAAACAAUACUGGGUGAAGCUGGACCGCUGGCUCCAGAAACUGUCACCAGAGGAAUACGCAUCCUACACAGAGGCAAAGGCUUCCUGUGGCAAGCGAAAGAACAUGGCCAUGUCUGGAGGCAGAAGCCCCAAGCGUGCUCGAACAGAUGUGUAGUCCUCCUCAGAAAUGGGCCUGCCAGCAUGGCCUGAAAAGGCACAAGGGCUUAUGGAUUCUGGGGCAGAUUCCUCAGAGACUACUACGGGACGUGAUGGUGGCUCCCAUGCAUCCAUUCACAUUAGGACAGAAGAUGGGAAACAGGAAGACUAUAGCAGCUCCUUGUAAUCUAGCAGUUCCGAUGAAGAUGAAGAUGAAGGAUGUCUUUCUCAGGGAACCAUGUAA